UCACCUAUUUUCGCCGUUCUCCUAUUUUCGCCGAUAACAUUUGGUGCAAUAUAACCUAUAUAUCGUCACGCGAGAUUUCUCAGUUGACCUAGUCCUAGAAUAAACAACAUUGUCACGGAUGAAUACACCGUGAUUUCUUUUUAAAAUGGACAUCCGAAAGGCCCCUCCUUCGGAAAGAGGCAGCUACAGGGCCAGUUAUUCACAUGAUGACCUUACACAUGCGUUCAAUAUGUGUAUUGAACAAGGGCUUCCUGUUGAGAGGGUUGCUAAAAAGUUCGGUAUUCCGAUAAACACUUUAAAAGACAGAGUUCGUGGAAAAAUUGACAUAGACACAGUGAAAUCUGGCCCUUCCCCUUCCUUUGAUAUCAUGCAGGAAACAUUGCUCUGUGAGCAUAUUAAAACUAUGGCAGAAAUUGGCAUGGGUUAUUCUCGUCAAGAAACAAUUAACCUAGCCUCUGAUUAUGCCAUUCAUUUGGGAAUCAAAAAACAGGGUGAAAGGUUAAGUUUGAAAUGGUUGUAUGGGUUUUUGGGAAGAUGGCCGGAGUUAAAGGUAAAAAAACCUCAAUCACUUGAAAUAGCAAGUGCCAGAAGUGCCACUAAGACCACAAUUGAAAACUAUUUUAAAGAAUUAAACAAUAUAUUAACCAAAUAUCAUUUGACAGAAAAGCCAUCAAGAAUCUACAAUAUUGACGAAAAAGGUCUUAGUACAAAUCACAAACCACCUAAAAUUGUUACAGGCAAGGCCUACAAAGCACAGGCGGUGACAGCUGGUAAGUCCCAGACGGUGACCCUUAUUGGUGGAGGUAACGCUUCAGGGCAACAAAUUCCGCCAUAUUUCAUAUUUCCUGGUGCCCGAAUGCAUGCAUCCCUACUAGAAGGAUCAACACCAGGAACGUAUGGGACAGUGUCUGACUCCGGCUGGUCCAAUACCGACAUAUUUUCUCAUUACAUAAAAUACCAUCUUGAACCCUUGCUUCCAACACGUGAUGCUAACAACCCCAUCCUGAUAUUGUAUGACGGUCAUAAAAGCCAUGUCUCAAUUGGUUUAAUAGAAUGGGCAAAAUCAAAUCAUAUAAUUCUAUUUGUUCUUCCGCCCCAUUGUAGCCACAUACUUCAACCCAUGGACGUCUCGUGUUUCGGUCCGUUUGAAAAUGCAUGGAAUGCGGCAUGCCAUCACCAUAUUAGAGUUACUGGGGGUUAUGUUGUUACCAAAAAUGAUGUAUGUUGUAUUGCAUGUAAGGUGUACACAGCCACGCUUACACCCGUGAACAUUCAGUCUGCUUUCCGUCGAUGUGGAAUACACCCAUUCAAUGCCAAUGUCAUAAGUGAUAUUGCUAUUGCACCAUCUCUUGCUUUUGCAAAGACCACCCAAACACAAUUAGUGCAAGAGUCUCAAGGAACAUCUGUUGAUUAUUUCGAAAAACGAUGCGCGCCAAUUAUUGAUAAUGUACGCCCUGCAAAAAUAAGAAAAACUCUUAGUAAAGUUGUUGCAGAACCGGAAUUCUACCACUUAGGGUCGAAACCGGAAGGUAUGUGGGUGAAGCCCCGAGCAAAGACGGUGUAA